GGAGAACGCAACGAUGCCACCGAAUAAAAGGCGGCCACGUGGGUUGGAAGAUAAAAGCGUGGAAUCACUCGCCGUUGGAGGCACGUGCGACAAAAGACGUGAAAAGAAGAAAAAAGGGGAAACAAAGCUUGCUUUAUCAUCGAAAAUGGACCGUUGUGGAUGGACACGUGUCGCAACGGCAAUCCACUUGUCUUCUUCACUCUCUCUUUGGAUUCUCUUAGUAUUCCUUGUUUGUAUUCUGAGGUUUAGUCUGUUUUUUAAGCCCAAGAAAUUCCAUUAUUCUCUCUCUCUCUCUAGCCCGUGAUUUGUUCAUCGUCUUCUUCAAUUACACUCUGGCCGAUAAGGAAAAACCAGAGAUGGGUCUGAAGAACAGAGCUUAAUCUCAAUAAUGUUGAAUUUCUCUCCCAUUUCCUCUGUAAUUUCCUUCACAAUACUUCUUUUUUCCUUUUCCAGUACUGCCUUUUUCGAUUUCUCUACCACCGCCGUCUCCGCCGCCGAAUUUGACUUCGGAACCGUCGCCCUCAGCAGUUUAAAGCUUCUCGGCGAUGCCCACUUGAACAACGGGAGCGUCAGACUCACACGAGACCUCGCCGUCCCAAAUUCAGGCGCCGGCAGAGUCCUCUACGCCAAACCCAUCAGAUUCCGGCAGCCGGGGAUUAAUUAUCUCGCCAGUUUCUCCACAUUUUUUUCUUUCUCCAUCACUAAUCUCAACCCGUCGUCGAUCGGUGGCGGUUUGGCGUUUCUAAUCUCGCCGGACGAUGAGACGCUCGGUGGUGCCGGUGGGUUUUUGGGGCUGGCCGACGAAAGGGGAUUGGGAUUCGUGGCGGUGGAAUUCGACACGUUGAUGGAUGUCGAAUUUAAGGACAUUAAUGGGAACCAUGUCGGAUUGGAUCUGAACGACAUGGUUUCGUUACAGGUUAAAGAUCUGGACGGAAUUGGAAUCGAUCUCAAAAGUGGGGAUACGGUAAAUUCGUGGAUCGAAUACGACGGGUCGGCUCGGAUCUUCAAAAUCUUCGUUUCGUAUUCGAAUUUGAAACCGACAGAACCCCUAAUGUCGUUCAAUCUCGAUCUCGACCCGUAUUUGAACGAUUUUAUGUACGUCGGAUUUUCCGGUUCCACACAGGGGAGUACGGAAGUUCACAGUGUGGACUGGUGGAGCUUUACGUCGUCGUUUGACUCGAAUUCCCCACCCGGGUCGGUUCCGCCGCCGCCAACGACGACGCUGAUGAACCCAACGGCGAAUGUCGUCCGGUCAACGCCGCCGUCACAACCUCCGUCGGGUUCAGAUUCCAACACCCAAAAGAAUACCAACUCUCCGUCCUGCCACAAUGGACUAUGCAAGCAAGGUGCCGGCGCGGUGGUUGGAGUUGUGACGGCGGGGGCGUUUGUUCUAGCAUUAUUCGCCGGCGGGUUGAUUUGGGUAUACUCCAAAAAGAUUAAGCGGGUUAAAAAAUCGGACUCCCUCGCUUCAGAAAUCAUCAAAACGCCUAAGGAAUUCACUUACAAGGAGCUGAAAAUCGCCACCAAAGGCUUCAGCUCGAACAGAAUCAUUGGCCAUGGCGCUUUUGGGACUGUUUAUAAAGGGAUUCUGCCGGAGACCGGCGACAUUGUAGCGGUGAAACGGUGUAGCCAUAGUACACAAGGGAAAAAUGAAUUCCUGUCUGAACUUUCUAUCAUCGGAACUCUCCGCCACCGGAAUUUGGUCCGUCUUCAAGGAUGGUGUCACGAGAAAGGCGAAAUUUUACUCGUUUACGAUUUAAUGCCUAAUGGGAGUUUAGAUAAAGCUCUGUUCGAGGCCAGUACGCCGCUGCCGUGGUCUCACCGGAAAAAAAUCCUUCUCGGCGUCUCCUCUGCUUUAGCCUAUUUGCAUCAAGAAUGUGAAAAUCAGGUCAUUCACAGAGACGUUAAAACCAGUAAUAUAAUGUUAGACGAAGGAUUCAAUGCCCGUUUAGGCGAUUUCGGGUUGGCCCGACAAGUGGAGCACGAUAAAUCGCCGGACGCCACAGUCGCCGCUGGCACAAUGGGAUACUUAGCGCCGGAAUAUCUCCUCACCGGACGGGCGACCGAAAAAACCGACGUGUUCAGCUUCGGCGCGGUUGUUCUCGAAGUCGCCAGUGGCAGACGACCGAUCGAGAAAGAGAGCGGCGCCGGAAAAUUUGGCGUCAACAGUAAUUUAGUCGACUGGGUUUGGAGUUUACACCGGGAAGGACGGCUGUUGGCGGCGGCCGAUGGGAGACUCGGUGGGGAGUUUGAAGAAUCAGAGAUGAGGAAAGUUUUGUUAGUUGGGUUGGCUUGUUCUCACCCGGAUCCGAUGACCCGACCCACAAUGAGAGGCGUAGUGCAAAUGUUAAUCGGCGAUUCAGAGAUUCCGAUCGUCCCUCGGUCUAAGCCAUCGACAAGCUUCAGUACCGCUCAUUUGCUUCUCACUUUACAAGAUAGCGUGUCCGAUCUGAACGAUAUGAUCGCCAUUUCCACUUCCUCGUCCGACCACAGCUUCAAGGGCGAGGAUUCGAUCUCACUGGAGGAUCGGACGGCGGGAAGUCCAUCAAUUGUUUGAAUCAUUUUCCACUCAAUACGGCAUCAGCAUCCAAGUGAGAUGGUGGGGCCCACCUUCUUUUUUCUUUUUUUUUCUUUUCCACUUUUAGAGUUGUGGGUGGAUGUUGCUUUCAAAUGAAAAUAAUAAUAAUAAUUAGGUUUUUAGUUUAUUUAUUA